CUUCACGACGCUGGGCAGCUGAGCUGCGGCUGAACCUCAGCUGCGCCCGCUAUCUCCAUCUCCCUUCCAGACCAAAUUUUUCGGAUUGACUUGCCUGCAGCUCCACGUUGACGACGAAGAACGCACGGUGCGAUUCGGCAUCGCCGACUGCCCAGCACGCGAUCCUCUCAAUCAGCAGUAUGCUGGGUCUAUAAAAUGGGGAACUCCCCCGGCACUGAGAUAGCUUUUCAUCAACAGCAGCAACUUCUAACUCACUUCUCAACUACCCACUUCUACACUCUUCAGACACCGUUGUCUACCACAAUCCUAACAUCUUCAUCAUGCCUGUCUCUAAGGGAAACACCAUCACCAUCCCCACUCGGUUCCUCGGCGGCGCGGAGGGCAAGAAGGUCACCGUCCGGUGGCAGCAGACCUUCCGCGACCGCCACGAGGACUACUGGAUCUGCAAGUGGACCAACAAGACCAACCCCGGCGACCAGGGCGUCAUCUUCGUGCAGGCCAGCAAGCUCGAGCAGCUGAAGUCGCGCAAGGUCGACGGCGACGACCUCACCGUCAUCGUCAGCGACGAGUUCCAGUACGGUCAGAAGAAGGACCAGACCAACCGCUUCCUGGUCUACCACGACAAGUCCAACAAGCCCUAUCAGCACCGCUUCAUGGAAAACACCCUGACCUCCCUCGGCUCCAAGGGCGCCGACUUCGUCAUCAGCCUCGGAUACUCCGACGUCUCCAAGGUCGAGGAUAUCCUCAAGCACUUCAUCGGUGACUACCUUAAGGACUUUUAG